AGCCCGGUUAUUGAAGUUAAAAAUGUCCAAAAAAAUUCAUGGCGGUUCUGUGGUGGAGAUGCAAGGAAAUGAAAUGACACAAAUCAUUUAGGAACUGAUUAAAGAAAAACUCAUUCUUCCCUAUGUGGAACUGGAUCUGCACAGCUAUGACUUAGGCAUAGAGAAUCGUGAUGCCACCAAUGACCAGGUGACCAAGGAUGCUGCAGAAGCUAUAAACAAAUACAACGUUGGUGUCAAGUGUGCGACCAUCACCCCCGAUGAGAAGAGGGUUGAGGAGCUCAAGUUGAAACAAAUGUGGAAAUCACCAAAUGGCACCAUCCGGAACAUUCUGGGUGGCACUGUCUUCAGGGAAGCUACUAUCUGCAAAAAUAUCCCCCGACUGGUGACAGGCUGGUAUUCUUAUGGAGACCAAUACAGAGCAACUAAUUUUGUUGUUCCCGGGCCUGGAAAAGUAGAGAUAACCUACAAACCAAAAGAUGGAACUAAAAAGGUGAAAUACUUGGUGCAUAACUUUGAAGAAGGUGAUGGUGUUGCCAUGGGCACAUACAACACGAAUAAGUCAAUUGAAGAUUUUGCACACAGUUCCUUCCAGAUGGCUCUGUCUAAGGGCUGGCCUUUGCAUCUAAGCACCAAAAACACUAUUCUGAAGAAGUAUGAUGGAUGUUUCAAAGACAUCUUUCAGCAGAUCUAUGACAAGCAAUACAAAUCCCAGUUUGAAGCUCAGAAGAUCUGGUCUGAGCAUAGGCUCAUUGAUGACAUGGUGGCCCAAGCUAUGAAAUCAGAGGGAGGCUUUAUCUGGGCCUGUAAAAACUAUGAUGGCGAUGUGCAGUCAGACUCAGGAGCCCAAAGUUAUAGUUCCCUUGGCAUGAUGACCAGUGUGCUGAUUUGUCCAGAUGGUAAGACGGUAGAAGCAGAGGCUGCCCAUGGCACUGUCACACGUCACUACCGCAUAUACCAGAAAGGACAGGAGACAUCCACGAACCCCAUUGCUUCCAUUUUUGCCUGGUCCCGAGGGUUGGUCCACAGAACAAGGCUUGAUAAUAAUACUGAGCUCAGCUUCUUUGCAAAGGCUCUUGAAGACGUCUGCAUUGAGACCAUUGAGGCUGGCUUUAUGACUAAGGACUUGGCUGCUUGCAUUAAAGGCUUACCCAAUGUUCAGUGUUCUGACUACUUGAAUACUUUUGAGUUCAUGGACAAACUUGGAGAAAACUUGAAGGCCAAACUAGCUCAGGCCGAACUUUGAGGUCAAACCUGGGCUUAGGGGGACAA